AUGCCUGUCCCUAGCAAACAUACAACUGUUGGCUGCUCUCAGAGCUGGGACUCUAACGGAUGGUACAGAGAGAACUGGGACACCGACAACGCAUGUGAAUACCAAAGACCUCGUAGGAGAAGAGAUUCACUAGCCUACCCCAGCGAAGGUGCCUACGACGGCAGUGAUAGCGGCAGAGUGCACGAUCACAACUUUACAGGAGGGUAUGAACAUAAUUACGAACGUUUCAGGUAUCCAGACUCUGGCUUCAACGAAGAUCAUCCCAAUCGGUAUGAUCACAGACCUGUGAGAAAAUCCUCUGCGCCUGAUCUCUCUCAUUCCCAUGAAAAGCAGGCCGUGAUGUCGGGCCGUAACUCAGUUCCUCAGGAUUACUAUGCUGAGCAGGGUCUGGUCCACAGGCCAUCGGAAGAGGCACGGUUUUAUAGGGAUCAUAUGCUUAACAGAUCAACGCAGAAUUAUGGGGUGUCAGGUGGGAGAAUGUCAUGGGACCACUCGCACGGGAGGCCCCCUCCCCCUCCUGAGGUAAACCGUGCGUACCAUGAUGCCCCUGGUAAGCUGCUUCACGAUGGACAGAAGAUACGUAGUCGUGAUCCUUCUCCUGCCAGGUACGGUGCCGAGACACCUCUCCCUCAUUACGGGGCCGAGCCGCCACCUCUCGCUGGCAAGCAGAUGUACAGUGAUGCCAGCGGUCGGCCAGUGGACUCCGCCGGUGCACGGCAGAUUACUCCGACAUGUCUGGUCGUGGAUCCUGCCACCGGAUCCCGGUGUGAGAACAGUCUGGAUAGAAUGCUGUCACCCGGCACAUUAAACCACGGCCACAGGCAAGGGGUGACAGCACGGGCCAUGUCUGAUUAUGGUGCACACAGGGAUGGCUUCAUUUCCAAGCCUGUUUAUGAUGGCUAUGACAACAGCAUGCUGGCACGUGGUCAACUUCCUGCAGGCAUCCUCGGGCAGGACAACAAAACUGAAUUCAUGGCCCUACUGCGCUCAGAGGGCUUGUCUGAAAGCACAAUUGGAAACUUGCUGCAUCAAGGAUUUGAUUCAACAAACUUCCUGGCUAUGUUAGAAGAAAACGAUAUCAAGUCGGUGGCACAAAACCUGGGUCAGGCGCGACUGCUGCUACGACUCAUCCACAACUGCAAGGCAGACGCACUGUUACGACAGGAGCUGCAGAGCAGCAGUGCCCGGAUGAGAACACGCUCAAACAGCUUCAGUCACAGGAGUGAGCUACUGCGUAAUGACUACGGAGUCCAGCCAGGGAUGGUCCCUGCCAUGGAUAAUCCCACUGCUCAGCAGCUGCCAAUGGCAUUGCAACCAAUGUCGCCCAGGUUUGCUGAGGUGAACCGCCGGCCAUCCAGUGCCCCUUCCCAGCAUCUCCUCGAAACUGCUAACUAUGGUUCCUCUGGGCCUGGUAGACUGGGGAACCAUUUUCCGAGCUUCACAAGCUACGGCAGCAAUUCCCCAGUUGGGCUGCAGAACCUGCGAUCAGGGCAUAUAUAUCCUGCUCAGUCCGGAAUAGCAAUGAAUACACUGCAGGGUGCUCCAAGUACAGCUCCCAAAACCGCCUACUCUACCAACUUCACGGUACCCAUAGAACUAAUGACAAGGGAUCGCAGCUCAACUCAUUCUAUGAUGCACAGCCCUCACAACAAUCCUCGGAUCCUGCGAAAACCAGGAACACCACUGGAGUCUACACUGGUACCUGCAAGCUCAGCUUACCAGCUAGCGAAUACUACACACCCAAAAGUGACCAGGCGUACAGGACCUCCAGUCAUUGUCUCCACAAUGACAUCACCUGAAUCAAGUAUUCGUCCUCAAAUUAUGAAUGGACCAAUGCAUCCGCGCCCUCUGGUGGCACUGCUAGAUGGCAGAGACUGUACCGUCGAGAUGCCAAUCCUGAAGGACAUGGCCACUGUUGCUUUCUGUGAUGCACAAUCUACUCAGGAGAUUCAUGAAAAGGUUUUAAAUGAAGCCGUGGGUGCAUUAAUGUACCACAAUAUUACCCUGACCAGAGAAGAUCUGGAGAAGUUCAAAGCCCUGCGAAUAAUUGUACGGAUCGGCAGUGGAUAUGACAACAUAGAUGUUAAAACUGCAGGGGAGCUUGGGAUCGCCGUGUGUAACAUCCCAGCGGCAGCCGUGGAGGAGACGGCCGAUUCCACCCUCUGUCACAUUCUCAACCUCUACCGAAGGAACACGUGGCUGUACCAGGCACUGCGCGAGGGGACCCGGGUACAGAGCGUCGAGCAGAUCCGAGAGGUGGCGUCAGGAGCGGCCAGGAUCCGGGGGGAAACACUCGGACUCAUCGGUUUUGGUCGUGUUGGCCAGGCUGUUGCUGUCCGAGCUAAAAUCUUUGGGUUUAAUAUAAUAUUUUAUGAUCCAUAUUUGCCCGAUGGAAUUGAGAGAGCUCUGGGCGUACAACGAGUUUAUACUCUUCAGGACCUGCUAUACCAGAGUGACUGUGUGUCAUUGCACUGUAACCUGAAUGAACACAACCACCAUCUUAUCAAUGACUUCACCAUCAAACAGAUGAGGCAGGGAGCAUUUUUGGUUAACACAGCACGAGGAGGAUUGGUCGAUGAGAAGGCUUUAGCUCAGGGCCUGAAAGAGGGAAGGAUACGAGGAGCUGCUCUUGAUGUCCAUGAGAGUGAACCUUUCAGUUUUACACAAGGCCCGCUGAAAGAUGCUCCCAACUUGAUCUGCACACCACACACAUCCUGGUACAGUGAACAGGCAUCCCUGGAGAUGAGAGAAGCAGCUGCCACUGAGAUUCGUAGAGCUAUUACAGGUCGGAUCCCAGACAGUUUAAGAAACUGUGUAAAUAAGGAUUACUUUGUUACAACUGCUGCAUGGCCAAGCAUGGAUCCACAGGCUGUCCACCCAGAGCUCAAUGGUGCCACCUACAGGUACCCUCCUGGUAUAGUGGGUGUAACGUCCGCAGGAAUCACUGCAUCCAUGGAAGGAAUGAUUCCCGGUGGAGUGGCCGUCUCCCACAACCUUCCUGCAGUCGUGCAUCCGUCCCACACUCCGUCUCCCAAUCAGCCCACAAAACACGAAGGUGACAGAGAGCACGCCACUGAGCAAUAGCACCUUGCAGGGCUCAUCCAGUUUUAGGGCCGGGACCAAGAGACACCGAAAAUAUCAUUAUGAAAAUGGAAUAUUUAUAGGAUAUUUGAGACUUGAAACUCUUCUAAGAAUUUGUACUCUUUACAGCUGCCAGCCUUGAGAAGUUAGUGUUAUCCAUGGAUGGGAUUGAAAGCUGCAUUAAACCCAAGAGAACUCCCUUGACUCAACAGAAACUAAGAAGUAUUUUACAAAGUGUGUUUUCCGAAGAAAUGUCCCUGUUGAUAAAUGUGUGUCACGUUCCUUCAUAUCUUUUAUCUGUUGAUCACAAGUUUAACUGGGUAGAUUUUUCUUAUAAUUUGAAGUAAGUGUUUGAUAGGUGAUAAGAGAGAGUGAAAUGUGCUAUUGACAGAAAAUGGUAGCCUUAGGUGUGGAGUUUCAAUAGGUAGCUUGAAGCAUUUCCCUUCAUCUCAGGAACAAAACCUUUUGUAUCGUUGGUUGGCAAGUUUGACUUCAAAGCAUUUGUUCCUCAAGAGGUCUCUCAUUUCUUGAUCAAAACAAAACAGUUUCUCUUUGUCAUGAUGUGGCUUUUUUUAUAUGAACUCACCUCAACUGAUUUGUCUGGACUAUUGAAUCAAUCAUGCUUAGAUCCAUGUGCAUCAGUGCAGUGUCUUACCAGUGAGUAUGGUGAAGGAGGGGGAGCUGUAAUUCCAGAUGUGGCAGCCAGACAGUGAUGAUUUUAAUGGGGUGGUUGUGUGGUUAGGGUGGAUUAUUUUUCAGCAAAACAUUAAGAGGAUCACUUGGUGAUUGUGGUCACAGAAAGUCAUCAUUGAAUACCGGAGUCAAAUUUAAAAGGUUACAAAUUCCUUCCCGUUCACUCCUUUUUACAUAGGACUUGUGAUCCAGGUCAAAAUACUACCCAAACAAAACUUUAGUUCAUGAUUAAGCAUUUCCACCAUCAAACGUUUUCUUGAUACUCAACACGCUGGACAUCACCAAUCUUUCGCCUGAUUUCACUUAAAACAGCAGCUCGAGUUACAUUAACAGAUUUCAGUAAAGCUUAUGUUUUGGUUAAUCUUGUUUUCAAAUAACAAGUGUUUUGUGUUUUAUUUUAGUUAUAUUCAGUUGCUGAUUGAAAAACUAACUGAGCUGAAUUUAGUAUUGCACAUUAUUAUAGCCCAAUGUCCUGAUCCAAACCCUUAUCUUUGCUAAAUAUGUGUUUAUCGUGAUUCCAUUCUAUUGCUAUUUUUUAUAGAGUUCUAGCAUCAUUUCUUGUAUGUAGUUUUAAAGAUUGUUUUUAAAAUCAGCAAAGACAAAUUGUCUAGUGAUAUCUGUGAAUCUAUGGAAACGCAUACCACUGCUAUGAGUUGGAAGAGGGGGAGUAGCUUACUGUACCUGGAUAUUAACUUGCCCCUUUUAAAGCAAGGGUCAACAUUCAAUCAUGGAGAUCAAAAAGUAUGUGUGUGUGAAAGACUCUUUGUUUAAACAUUCUUUUAGGCUUAGAGUGUUAUCAUUUAAAACUAGAAAGCUCUUUAUUAACGUUUGUUAAAUUGUGUCAUAAACUUGCUGUUCUGUUGUUCAAAUGUUGUGUGCAGCCAUGUUGAGUUAACAUUACUAGUGUUAAGCCUUUUUCACUUGAAACUUUUUUGGUAGCUGUGCAGUGACAGUUUCCAAUUGCAGGUAAAAUCAUUUUUUAAAGUCAGUCUUUCAAUUUCUAUAUUUCUUCAACAAUUUGUGUUAACAGUGAAAAAUUAUAAAGAAUUAAAACUAUUGCUAUUACUGUUUG